AUGCAGUACUCAUCAGCUAUUCUCAUUGCUGCUUUCGCAGUUACUAGUGUCUUUACCCACGGAGUGGUUGAUUCAGUCGUUGGCGCUAACGACGUUACUAUGCCGGGUCUCUCAGUUGCCGACGGCACGCCGCGUGAUUGCGCCAGUCCUCGCUGCGGAUCUGAGGCUGAUACUUCUAUCAUCCGUAAACGUGAGAUGGGCACCAACAAGGCCACUGCACUUGGUCGCACUCAGGGCGGUGGUCCCGUCGACGCCAGCAAGAUGAUGGCCAUGUUCAUGGGAGGCGGCGGCAAUGCUACGGCGACAAAGGAAGCACGGGAAGUUCACGCAGCCAACGUCCUUCGUCGAAGUCUUGGAGAGCGUGCAGCCAACGGAGGAACCAAGACUCCUAAGGGCACCUUGGAGACUGGUGUCAAGGCUGCAGCUGGAGCUGGAGCAUCCAGCGGCAUGCCGACUUGCUCGGACGACGGCAAGGUCAAGAUGACCUACCACCAAAUCAACCAAGACGGAGCCGGGCCAUUAACGGCCAUGGUUGACGCCACUUCGGGUGGAACUGACCCAGCGGCAUUCAAAUCGGCCGAAGUAACACAAAAUGUGCCGGGAAUCGGUAUUGGAGGACUGUCAGCCGCGGCCGUGAUGGACUUUCCGGUAGAAGUACAGAUGCCAGCGGGAAUGACAUGCUCUGGAACAGUAGGCGACGCUCAGAACGUAUGCAUUGUUCGCAUGCAAAAUGCAGCAGCAGCAGGCCCAUUUGGAGGAUCGGUAGCAGUGACGCAAAGCCCGGCUGCCAAGAAGCGUGCUAUUGAGUACAACUUGUCCAAGCGUCACUUUGCCCGAGCUCUGGCCAAGAGAAACGCCGAAGAUGACGCAGCAGCAGCAGCAGCCAUCGCAGAGCUUGAGAAGAUCGGAUCUGCAACCAAGGAUGAACAAGCCGAAAAAGAAGAUGCCGUCGUAGCACCUUUGACCAAGAAAAGUGCCGAGGAUGACGCGGCAGCAGCCGCAGCGAUCGCAGAGCUCGAAAAAAUGGGAUCGGCCACCAAGGAGGCAGACAAUGACGUGAUUGAUGCUGAAACUGCGGCCGAGGAUAAGGAAUAG